UGGGGGAAGUUUGCGGUGGUCCAUGGGGGAGGCCGUGGGGCCCGCCGUGAGCCGCUGCUGCGUGCCCUGGCCGGCGGGAGAGGGCAGAGAGGGAGGCAGCCAUCCCCCAGGGGGCGGCUGAGAAGCAGAGCAGGCCCCGCUACCGAUGUGAUGGUCUGUGUCUCUGGUGUGUGUCAUUUCCAGCUGACUGGUAAAGAUGGAGAAGGGGAGAGGAGGAGGUGGAGGAGGAAGGAGCCUGGGAGGCUCCGGCCUGCACAGGAGCGUGUACUCCCAGUCUCAGCAGCAGUAUCAGUACUCGGCCUCCUCUCCAGGGGGCUGCAUGGAGAUCCAGGAGCUGGCCUCCAAGAGGGUGGACAUCCAGAAAAAGCGAUUUUACCUGGAUGUGAAGCAGAGCUCCCGAGGGCGCUUCCUGAAGAUAGCAGAGGUCUGGAUAGGAAGGGGGAGGCAAGACAACAUCAGGAAAAGUAAACUGACUCUCUCCUUGUCUGUGGCGGCCGAGCUGAAGGAUUGCCUGGGUGAUUUCAUUGAACACUAUGCCCAUUUGGGCCUAAAAGGCAGCCAUAGUCAUAGACAUGAGCACAGUAAUGGCAAAGAGCAGGAUCUGAGGAGGCGGCAGCCGCAUCAUCCGCCUUCCCCUCCCACAUCUGUUGGAUCUGAAGAACAUCCCCAUAGUGUCCUGAAAACUGAGUACAUAGAAAGAGACAACAGAAAAUAUUACUUAGAUCUAAAGGAGAAUCAGCGUGGGCGCUUCCUAAGGAUUAGACAAACUAUGAUCAGAGGACCUGGCAUGAUAGGCUAUUUUGGCCACAGUUUGGGACAGGAACAGACUAUUGUCCUUCCGGCGCAAGGGAUGAUUGAAUUCAGGGAUGCUUUGGUCCAGCUAAUUGAAGAGUACGGUGAGGGGGAUAUAGAGGAACGAAGAAGUGGGGGUGAUGAGCCCCCUGAACUUCCAGAGGGGACUUCCUUCAGGGUGGACAACAAGCGAUUCUAUUUUGAUGUGGGAUCCAACAGUAAUGCUGUAGGUUACAGACUUGGACCCUAGUUCCACUGAAGUGAGUUGGAGUUCUGCCAGUUAUUUCAAUGGAAACAGGACUGGGCCAGUUUCCUUAUACAGUGUCUGGUGUUUCUAAGCAUUCCCAGAGGAGAUUACCUGCAGUCUUUUCCACAAGUUCGAGAGGCACAACUGACACAGUCUUCACUGCUUGCCAGCUGGAGGAAAAAAUGCCAGGAACAGCAUAAACCUCUCUAUGUGGCCUUCUUUGACCUCACAAAAGCCUUUGAUUCUGUCAACCAAGAAGCACUGUGGAGGGAUCCUUCUGAAGUUAGAUGCCCACCAAAAUGCACCACCAUUCUUUGCCUGCUCCAUUACAAUAUGUGAGUGGUGGUUCUCAGUAAUGGAUCUAUCACAGAUCCCUUUGAGGUUAAGAUGGGAGUUAAGCAAGGCUGCAUCAUCACUCCAACACUCUUCUCGAUACUAUUUCUUACUGCAAUGGUACAUCAGACCACCAACAAGCUUCCCGUCGGAGUGGAGCUGAACUACUGAAUGGGUGGUAAACUGUUUAAUCUCAGCCAAGUCUGAGCCAAAGCCAAGACCACCCCAACCUCAGUCAUCAAGCUUCAGUGCACUGAUGAUGCUGUGGUAUGUGCUCGCUUAUCAGCAUCUUUACCAAGGCAUACAAGAUAAUGGGGCUAAUGUUUAACAUUCAGAAGACUAAGGUCCUCCAUCAACAAGCUCUUAAUGAGCAGUCCCCAGCUCUGGAAAUUCUGAUUUACAAUGAGUAUUUCCUGUACCUCAAAAGACCUCUCUCAGAAGACUGACAUUGACAAAGAAAUCCAACAUUGCCUUAAAAGUGGAAGUGCAGCCUUUAGGUGCUUGAGGAAAUGGGUAUUCAAAAAUCAUGACAUCAGAUCCAAAACCAAGCUCAUGGUUUAUCAAGCAGUCAUGAUCCCACCUUAUUAUAUGGGGCUGAAACAUGAACAAUGUACAGGGGACACCUCAAGUUGCUGGACAAAUACCAUUAAUGCUGCCCACAGAAGAUCCUUUGAAUCCAGUGGGAAGUCAGACGCACCAACAUUAGUGUCCUCUUGCAAGCAAACACCACAAGCAUUGAGGCAAUGAUCAUUGACAACAACUUCACUGGGCUGGCCACACCAACUAGAUUUCUGACUCCAGACUCCCAAAGCAAGUUUUAUUCUCCCAUCUCAUUCGAAGUGUACGCUCAAAAGGAGGGCAGAAAAAGUGUUUCAAAGACAUCCUCAAGGCUAACUUGAAAAAAUGAACAUCAACUUGUGGGAGACUAUCGCCCAGGACCAUGCCAAAUGAAAGAAGAGUCUGCUGCAAGGAUCUCAGUAUUUUGAAACCUUAUAAUGACAACAGGAGAUGCAGAAACAGUGCAUCACAGACCAAAUCAAGAAUCCAGAGCCAGUCACCCCGCACAGAAACCUGUACCCGAGUUACAAGGUUUUUUUCAAUCCCGGAUCAACCUCAUCAGCCGUCUUGGGACCCGGAGAUCAAGCAAUCGUGGAAGACAAUCAUAGUUGAAUGCAAGGAAGUGCCAAUAAUGAUUUCUAAGCAUUCCCAGAGGAAAUUAUCUGCAGUCUUUUCCACAAGUUCUUCAUCUGCCACUGUUCUCUGUUCAGGCAGUAUGGUCUCCUAUUUUUCAAAAAGGAGAUAAACUGCUAAAAUAUCAGUAAAAUUUCAUUUUUUUGAUCAAAGUUUUAGUUAAUGUUUGUUCAGCACUUUGGUGUUAAGAUGCACAACGUGUUGGCUGAGCUGCCUUCUAGUUUUAACAAAGAUUUCAAGACUGACAAAACCAUUAGAUUAUUUAGUUAGACCUGUUUAAAACAAGCCAGAUAAUUUAAUUUAACCUAAGAUCUUUGUUGAGCCUGACAACGUAUUUGGCAAAAGCUAGGGUUACCAUUAGGGUUACCAUAUUUCCAGUUCCAAAAAAGAGGGCACCUGUUGGGGGGAGGCACCUCCCUCCCAACCUGCAGCCCCUUGCCCCUGCUGCUGCCCCUCACUCCCAACCUGUAGACCUUUGGCCCUGCCAGUUCCCCUCACUCCCAACCCAACCCACAGCCCCUGUAGGCCAUGCUGGUGUUCGUUGCUCCUGACCUGCAGCCCCCCCCCCAUCCUUUCUGGUGCCCCUCACUCCCAACCCACAGUCCCCUGACGCUACUAGUGCCCCACACUCAACCACAGCCUGGUGCCCCUCACUCCCAAACUGCAGCCCAACCCUGCCAGAGGGGGCCCUCAGCUGCUCCUGUUCCAACUGGGCCAGAGCACAGCAGCUCUGACUUGUACAGGCAACGGUGGAGGGAGUCUGGCCCCUGUGUGGGCUGGAGAGAGGACAUGGGGAUGCCUGUGGCACCCCCACUCUAGGAUGGGGCUCCUGCACCAUGCCAGGCAGCCUGGCCAUGCCCCCUCUGGGCAAUGUCUGCCGGCUGUGCCGCCCCUGCCUGGCUGCAUGCCAGCCACACACACGCGGGGCACCCCCUGCCUCCAGUCACCCUCCCCCUUCUCCCAAUAGUGGAGCAGAGUGAAAUCUCAAAUGUUUGUUCAGAUUUAAAAAACACCAAGACAGAGAUCAGAGGACCCAAAAAGAGCACAUGUCCGGGGAAAACCCUGAUAUGUGGUAACCCUAGCAACAGCGUAACUUGUUUGACCAUCUAGUUGUAAUCCAAAGACAUCAAGGAGGAAGAAUCUGCCACUUGCUUUGGUAUUUUGUCCCAGUGGUUAAACAUCUGACUGCUUUAGAAAAAAAAUCAAUUUAGAAAUAUGACACUUUUUUAAAAUCUAGAUCUUCUAGCUGUCGGUAGUUCAUUUGACUUUUUUUACAACAUUUAAAACCUUUAAUAUUAAGUAUUUUUCUACCUGUAAAGAUGUUUAUGUGCUAUGGUGAAGAUGCCUUGUGAUUUUCUUGAUUGAGUGAAAGACCAGUCUCCCUCUAAAGCAUUUACUGUUGUCUUCAAACAAUUUUGUGAUUCUUUCUGCACCCUCUCCAUUUUUUCAAUAUCCUGUUUAAAAUGUGGACAUCAGAACUGGAAACAAUAUUCUUUUAGCAGUCUCAUCACUUUUAUUGCAGCAGUUAAAAUCACCUGCCUGCCUCUUCCUUGCUCCUUUGCAGUUUUCUGCUUUGAAGUAUUUGGUUGAUAAUGGCAGCUGGUCAUUAGAAGUCUGAAAGGAACCAAUACAUUGAAAACUGAUAUGCCAGGCAGUCUGCCCCAUGUUCAUACUGUUUUGUGCUGUUGCUUGUUAGUAUAACACUAAUCGAGAUCAGGCUCCUUUGUGUUAGGUGCUAUAUAUACAUAUACACUAAAAUCUCUGUUAUCUGGCAUGAGUGGGGAAUGGGGGGUGCCAAUACGCUGAAAGUGCUGGUUACCUGAGCCACAGGGUUUUUGGCCGGAUGUGGAGUGGGGAUGGUGGCUGCACACAAAGUGGCAGUGGUCGCGGCUGCUGCGUGCAAGUUUUCCACCCCCUCCCCUUGCACAGCAGGAGGCAAACUGGCACGGUGCAGUGCCACGUGCGUCCUGUUGCUUGCUGUGCAGUGCAGCACAGCGCCGAAAUUCUGGUUAAUAAGAUAUUCCGGUAGGUGAAGUACCGGAUAACAGAGAUUUUACUGUAGUAAAAAAGAAUUCCUAUCUUAAAGAUGCCUGAUGAAUCCACUUUUGGCUUACAAACCUGAUUAGAGCAUGACACAGCUUGUUACAAGUUUCAUAGAUCCCUGUGUUGUUUGAAUUGAGUCCCAGUUUAUAGCAAGCUGGUGCUUUCUUGCUUUGCUUCCAUCCUCUGGAUCAAAGCUGCUUCGUGUUGAGCUGCACUCAGUGCCAGAUGUUCUCUCCAGAUUGAUGUUAAAGAGUUUAUAAUCAGCAAAACAUAACAUUGAGGAAAAAGAACAAUUGUCUCAUUUUACAGGUGAGAAUCCAAGACACAGUGUAAUUCCGGCAAUGCUGUCUUCAGCACACCAUCAUCCUUCCUGACAGACCUGCCAAGACAAGAACAGUUUGAAAAAUAUUAGUCCUUUGGUGGGAAACUUUCAAAGACUAUCAGUUGUUGCAAGAAGUGGUGAUUAGAGUUGUCACUCAUCUCUCUGAGUUAGUACUUGACUUGUGAUUGAAUCAUUAGUGACAGCCAUUGCAAACAGAUUGUAUUGGAGAGCUGUUUCUGUAAGUGCUGUUUCUUGAAACAGAUCUGGACCAUUUACUGUGGUCAGAUACCAUUGCUUUUAGCGAUAUAAAAAUUAAUUCCUGGUUCCUGGCUAAAUUUUGAUUUGGUUAAUUAUAUUCUACCAAACUAAUUUCCCCCAGCAUUUUCAGUUGUAUACAAUUCUCUUCCUCUUUCCACCCUGAAAUUCAAGCUAGUACUGUUACAUUUAGUUAAAAAACUGUUGAAUUUCAUCCCAAAAGCUGUAGUAUUUUGUAGUAGGUAGAGCAAUCUCCACACUCCCCUUAUCAAUCACACUUACUGGGACACAUGCAUAUUAUAAACAUUAAUAAAACACUUUACAUACAAGAGCAGGGGCCUGAACUUAAAGACUUUGGAGGUCUGUUCCAACUCUGUGCCCUACUUUUCUAUCACCAAGGGAGUCAGUACACAAGAACAAUGAAUGAAAAGUAGAUCUUUUUUAUUUUAGUUGUGCACAGUUAUUUUAGAACAGCAAUAAAAUUCUACACUUUCAAAGAUGAAACAGUUUAGCAGUUCCAGGACAUAAGGUAUGCAUAAGAAUACAGUCCAUCCAAGACCCGAAAGCAUUAUUUUUCUGAAGAUGAACUGAGGGAUUGACCCUGCAAACUCACAGCUUACAGUAUUCUUAAUGAUACCAUUGGGAAUUCUUUUGGAAUUGGGUCAAAAUGCAAUUGCUAUACUAUCUAUAUAACAGUUGUCUCAUUAAUUAGUAACAGCUUUUUUUAAGAAUAUUUACAUUUUUUAACAAUUGAGCAGAAAAUUGGUAAGACCACAGAGGAUGAAGGAAACCAUUACCUGAAAUUGGUUUUAUGCUACACCAGACUUAUUAUCUUUGCAGUAAACUGCAUGUAAUUAAAAAAAAAAAAAAAAAAAGGUCCCUAAUGGCCUUAUGCUUUUUGGUAAAGAAAGAUCUCAAAUUUCUUCUGAUAUUCUACAGUAUAUUUCAUAGAGGAAUCACUUUAUAUAGCACUGGAAAAUAGCAUUUAUUUGUGAAGUGCAAGUGCCUUCAACUUCUGGUCACAAAAACUGAGUAGUCUUUGUGCCUGAAAGCGUGUCUAACAUAGCUCCCAACUAUGCGGUUGGUCUAACAAAAGAUAUCACUAAAAUGUCUUGCUUCUUGCAUAUUUCCUGGACCAUUAUGGCUUCAAACCACAUUCUAAACUUGCUGAUAAAGUAUUCUUGGAUAAAAUGUGCUAUUUUUUAACCAUUUAUAUGUGUUAAAAGUUCACAUAAUGACAGAGAGCAAAACAGGUAGAAAGCACAAAUUUGACCUAGUCUUGCCCUUUAUGGGCGCAUCCAGUCGAGCAUGGAGGUUUGGUUCCCUGGGGAGAAGUAACAGUAGCGCACCUUGUGCCACCGUUACUUGUCCCCAGGGAACGCCUGUGCCAUGCGUGCUUUGGCACGUGGCAAGUUACCCUGGGUGGGGUAGGGGAGGCUGGGACCAGCACUGGGCUGGCCCCAGCAGCCUUACCUGAGUCCUGGGGGCCUCCCGGGGCUGCAACAGAAGAGAUUCUGGCUUGGAGAGCCUGGCCAGCAACUACAGCACAGCUCUGGGCAGCCCAGCUUUGCUUUUGAGCAGUGCACCCUGCCUGUGCGUUUGCUGCUCCACUUUUUUUCUGCAGGUUUUUUUGACCUCUGGAUAUCCCUUGCAGCGCUCCCUUGCAGCAGAGAACAUCUAAAUGUGCAGUAUGUGGUGCUGCAGACAUGUUUGUGGUGCCACAUACCAUAUGGCCUCGCUCAUCUGAAUGCGGCCUAUGUGUUCUUUCAUCAUUGUAAGUCAACAAUGAAUGUAAUGCAUCAAGAUUUGUCUGUAUGACAGUGAAGGGAAGCUUUCUGAUUAACACGUUAUUAAUUUUACUUUUUAACUUUAAUUAUAGGUAUUUGCAAAUUAUUAAAGUCUAGUUAAAAGAAUACAAAAGUAAACUGUGAAAACAGUUUUGAUAUUUAAGUUCUGAUACUCCUGAACAUUCAGUGUAAACAGUGUUUGAUUCUUAAAAAUUGAAAGCUAAAAACAGUGUUAGUAAAAAUGUUAUAUAAGAAAGUAAAACUGUAAAUUGCGAGUGCCUUUUUAGUGCUUAUUGUGAAAAUGAAUUUAAACAUAUUCCAGAACUUAUUUGUAAUAUUGCUUUCAGGGUUGUCAGGAAAAUGCAACCCACAUUGUUUUAGUUAAAGGCUGCAAAUGUAGCCCAAUUAGUGGUUCUUUUCAAAUGGUUUCUAACAAUGAAAUGCCAUUACAUUUUUUAUGAAUGUUCUAAUCUUUGAGUAUUUGGUAAAUCAAGUGUGUAGGUAAGUAUAUACGUGAAAGAGGAUAGAGUCAUGAGGUGUGAUAUGGUACAAAGCUUUUAUCAGUAUGGCCUAGAGAUUACCUUCUGAAUGAAUUGAAUUAGUGCAAUCUAUCCCAUAUGUGCACCGGUAAAACUUGUACCCCAUGCCACCACAUAUACAGUAACACGCAUUAUUUUAGGAGGGUUUUAGAAUGUAUAGAAGCUAUACUGGGACUAGUGUUGUAUCCUUCACACUGCUAAUACCAGAUUAGUUAAUAACCACUUGUGUAAGUUUCUAGGGCAGUGAUUCUCAACCUUUUUUAGAUUUGAGGCAUCCUUCAGAAAAUGCUAACUCCUAGUUUCACUUGUUUUUUGAUGCCUAAAUAAUCAUAUAGCAGUGUUUCUAUUCCAAAGAACUCAGAAAAACCACAACAUUUCAAAAUAUUUUUAACACUAUGAAUUCCUAUUUGAAAUCUCUGAAUAUCUUGUGAAUAAUAUUUGCUCACCGAAAAUUGCAUGGUACUCUUGCACCCUUGAAAGGAUUUCAAGGCAUCCCAGGAUGCUGCAGGUUGAGAAUCACUUGUUCUAGGGCUAUGGAAGUCCUGUUAAAUUUUUUAAGUUACAUUUUAGAUGCACCUUCCUCAUAGAAACAGUCAUGACUUAAAAAUCUACGGCCUGUAAGUUUAUAUAAUGAGUACCUUGUAAUAACAGAAAUAUGAGAUGAUAGCUUCCCAGUGAGAUGUGUAAGAGUUGUCUGUAGCCUCACAUAGCUCCAAAAUCACUUACAUUAAAGCAAUAUUCAAAUAGAGGCAGCAUGUUCCUCUUCUGAGGCUCAGGCAGGUGUCAUGGGAUGGGAAAUAGAAAGAAAAUGUUUCCACGGCAGGUGACUCUUAUUGUAAAUAGCAGCUGUCUGAAGCAGUUGAGGAGAUUGAAAUGUUAGAAGUCCUGGAAAGUAGAGAGCAGAUGAGGCAAAUAAUCAUGACAAAUUAAUAUAUCAAGUGGCUCUGUUGUUUAGCAUGUGGACAUCCACAUACUUUUUGUGGAUAAGUAUUUGCCCAUCCAGCCUGCCAGCCAAAAAGGUGGAGCACCACGGGCCUAAUGUUACAUACAUGGAAUCAUAGGGCUGGAAGGGUCUGUCACCAGUCAUCUAAUCCAACCCUCUGCACAGAUGCAGGAAUGCACUAUUCCUAAGGCAUCACAGAGAGGUGUCUGUCCAGCUUGUCUUGAAAAAUCUGCAGCAAAGGAGAUUCCACAGCUUCCCUGUGCAGCUUGUUCCAUUGACUUAUUGCUCUUGGUCAGCAGUUUUUCCCCUGAAAUUUAAUUUAAUUUAAUUUAAUUUAAGUCUGAUUUGUUGCAGUUUAAAUCCCCUGCUUCAUGGCCUGCCCUCUGCAGCAAGGGAGGACAGUUUCCCUCUUUUUUUAUGGCAGCCUUUCAAAUAUUUGAAACUCCAUUGUACCCUCCUUAAUACCUUUUUUGCAAAACAAAUGCCCCUUGUUUUCUUACAGGGGUGUAGGUUUUCUUGUUUUCUUAACCAUUCCUCAUACAACUUACAUUCCACCCCCCUUUAUCUCUGCUCACAUUUAAAUCCUCCCACUUUUUUUCCAUCAUUCUUAAGUUAUGGUGCCCAGAACUGCACACAACUCCAGCUGAAGCCUAACCAGCACCAAGUUACUAUUAUCUCCUGUAUGUUACAUACAACAUUUAGAUUAAUACAACCCAAAAUUUCAAUUACUGUUUUGUGUCAACAUUUCACUGCUGACUCAUGUUGAGUUAGAGAGUCAGAAGGGUUCAGGUAUCUUUUCUGUGCAAAUGUUUGUUAAGUUUCUUCUUAACUGUAUCUUUGAUCAGCUAAAUAGAUUAAACUCCUGUAGUCUCAGUGUAAUACAUACUUUCCACUACAAAGCAUUUUUGUAGUUUUUCUCUAUAUCGCUCAGUUUUUUCAGUUUUCUUUUUGAAGUGCUGAGAACAAAACUGGACACAGUAUUACAUUAAGGGUAUGUCUACACAUCGCCCUAUGGUGACCUAGCAACACACUAUGUCACCAUAUGGCUUACUAUGGUGAUACCGCAAUCACAUCUCUACACAUGAUCACCAGUUACAUUGCCAAAGCAGCGCACUCCCCUGGGUAUAGCACGCUGUUCCGGCGACAUAGCGGGGAAAUCUAACGGUGCACCGUGUGCAUAGCACAGUAACCACCCAUACUGCGCUGUGCUUCAGUACUUCCAAAAGGUACUAAAGCAUGAUACCAUAGCAAUGUCACCACACGGCAACAUGUAGAUGCACUCUAAGGCACUGUAUAUAUACAGAGUAACUCCUCCCUUCUCUUGCACCAAAGGAUCACUUUAACCAUUUUAGUCACAGCAUUAGACUGAGAGUUUACAUUCAUCUGGUUACCUCUAGUAACCUUCAGAUUUUAUCCAGUCUUUCUAGGAUGCAAUAUUGCAUCCUGUAAUUAUAACCCAUAUUAUUUGUUCCUGGGUAUAUGACGUUUGCUUGUAUUAUAAUGGAGGCAUUUUGAUUAAACUUAGCUUACCAUGGAUCUAGACUGCUGCAUAUAAGCAACUUGUCAUUAUUUUUUUGUCAUUUCAUCAUUUUUUGUCAUGGGUUUUUUAACUUCACAUAUCUUCAUGUAAGGCUCAUAAUCAGCUGAAGAAAAACAUCUAAGCAGUUAGAGUUCAUAUGUGCCACCAAAGACACAGUGAUUUCUUAUUGAAACUUUUAAUUUAGGACUUAUAGUUAGAAUCCAAGAAAGGUUUGUUUGUUUUUUUCUUUUUAACAAAAGAAAUCUUGCAGCUGGCUUACUGAAAAUGCAAAUUACAAGGUCUGAAUUUUGCAGUGAAAUUGUGAAAUAUAUUAGGUUUAAAGAAAAUUUCCCUUCUUCCACAGAAUGUUAUUUAGAGCGUGUUAGUCUGGGAUGCAGUGGCUUGAUACUUUUGUAGAACAGUUGUUAUGCUAGUAUGAUACAUUCAGUAUUUAGUGCAAAUGUGUAGUAGCCUACUAUGUUAUAUAGCAAUUUUUGUUUGGGCCAACUAAAAUUCAUAACAAUCUGAGGCUCUAGCUCCCUUCUUUCCCUUUGGCAGUCUCGGCUGUAAGUGGAAACCUUUUUUUUUCAGAAACACUGAACUCUAAUAUUUUGAUGGUGUUUACCAAAUUCAGUCUGCUCAGCAAAUCUUCCUGCAUAGAGAGUUAACACUAUGAGGCAAAAAAUACUUUUAUUCUGUUUUUUAAAACCAAAAUCAAACCCUGAUACAGAAGGUCCGUAUUUUGUCUUUUUUUCUGACACUCGCUGGGUAAGCGCUAUAAGGCAAGUGAUGCCAUUUGUUUCUUUCCAUGCAGUGCCUCACUCAGUAGCACCCUGAUCCUCUACUGCGGUUCCAAAUUUUAUGUAAUACAAAUAUAACAAAGUCCAGGAAGCAUUAGGUUCUUUUGAAGAAAAAAAAGAGAGCUCCCAGAGUAUACUUUCAGAGCUACUCUAGCAGAGUUUAUGUAAACAAGCUUGUUGCAGCAGCUUCUACUGUGAUACCGUUUCUUUUGGCAUAUGGGUUUCUCUGGCUCCUGGAGCCACUUAGCUCUGAGACUGAAGCUAGUCCAUCUGUCUGUCCUUAAGGAGACCCUAUAUACAAAUUCCUUCAAUUAAUGAGGCUUGUCAUAGAUUAUAAAGCCUGACAUGACUCUUGCGAUUGUCUAGGCUGCCUUCCCACAUACCGCAGUUCAUAGGAAAUUCCUGAAUUAAUUCCUCUGAAUUAGAGCACACCAUUUAGAAAGAUACCCACUUGUGGCUUAAGACUGCUAGUGAGGGAGAAUGUACCACAGGCCAUAGUAACUUUUCUCUUGUUGGCCCUGAGAUGGUCUGCAGCUCCUGUAGAGGUUCAUUUCCAUCACUAUUAGAGAUGGUGGUGAUGGAUCCAGCACAUUGUGUGUACUAUUCCUUCCCCUCUCCUGUAUAGUGUUGUAGUAGUGAGAGAGACCUUGGCUUCCCUUCUUACUGAGAGUCUUGAAGAGAGCAGUCAGCCAGGAAUGCAUUUCUCAGCUACACUGCUCUUUCCAUUUUCUGGUUCCUUCAUGUCAGCCUGCCCUCCAUAUACAUAUGUCUGCUCACUCUAUUAAAAGGAUGAGGGGCUUAUCACAUGUCAUGUUGAUCCCUAAUAAUUGUUUUGUGGUUCACUUUAUUCCUCAGUAAAUAGAAAUUAAACCAAGGCAGUUUACUCUGAAAGAAACAACUGUUGAAUCACUAUGUUUUAGAUUCCACUUACUGUAAGGAUAGAAUAGGCACACAAUACAGUUACUGCAGGCUAACUUGACAUGGUAAAUUGUUCCCACUCCUUAGGUUGGUAUAAUUGUUUCAUCUGUUCAUAUCUUUAGUUCUGAUUCUUACUUCUAUUAAAUAGAACUCUUGCAUUUCUAAAUUUAGUUUAAAUUUACAUUUUCUUUAUUUUAAAAUAAUGAGCAGGCCAGUGGCAUUGUCUGGAACCAAUGCAGAGGAGUAAGCAGGAUAUAUUACAGUUAAGUCCAAAGCCUUUAUUGGCAUGAUAGGUUAUGCUGUGCAAGAGUUGCCGCACAGUAAGAAAACAGACAUUUAAAUUUAUCUGCACUAAAAAACAUCAGUCUAAUGUGCUACUUCAUACUUCAAAUUCUCCUCUCUAGAUUUCUUUGUAAAACCAUGUAGGAGCAACAGAUAUUCUAGCUAUUUACUUCAUUCUCCUACAUUGCAUCUCUUUUGUCUUAACUACCUGAUCCUUAGAUACUUGUCUCAGCUGGUUUAGGCCUUUAGUUUAACAUCAUAAUUCACAGGUAACCAUAAAGCUAGCAUUAACAACUGAAACAAAAUUCAUCUUGGUGCAUAGUUUAGCUCACAUGUAACUUACUUAGACAACAUCUGACAAGGACAUUUCUUCAGGGGGAUUCUACACUUCUCAUCUUUAUUCCAAAAAAUGUAAAAAUGCUGUAGUAAUUGACCAUGCAAUGACAAAAUAGAUUUACAGUUGUUUUGCUUGCUGGUAUUUGGCUCUCUGUCUUCAUGUAAUUUCAUUCCUUGUUGCAUACUUUGUCAUUUUCAUAGCUGUAUAGUAAUAAUCACUGGAAGCAUAAAGACAAUACAGUGGAUUCCGCUUUAUAGAAUCACUGGUUAAUAGAAUCAGCCGCUUAUUUAAAUCAAUAUGGGAAAACCAAAAACAUUUGUAUAUUAUUGCAUGUAAAAAUCGUUCAUAUUAGAAUCACAAUUAUUAGUUUUUGAACUCAUUGAGUUCCAGCCUGCAGGGGGCUGUGAGAGAGCAGGAGGAGGGCAGUCAAGCAAGGGGCACCAUGUGCAUGUAAAGUACUUGCUUAUCCAAAAUCAUAUCUGCUAUGCUUUCCUUUGUAGAAAAAAAAGAUCUAAUGUCAAGAACUUCGUGUUCCGUAUGGCUGUUGUCACCUUGUUAUUGUAUUAAUUGCAUUUUCACUGCUACAGUGAUCAAGAGAAAAAAUGAGCUUAAUGCAUAGGCGGAGCACUAAAAAAUAGGCUAAUUGUAAUACAGGAUGUAAAAGGAGGCAGUCGCCAACAUGACUAUUCUGUAAACUGUAUGGUGAAGCAUUGGUAAAGCUUGUUGCUGACAUUUAUUAGAUUUUCAAGGGAUGCUUUUGCUAGUCUAUUAUAGCAGCAAAGAGUUGUAAUGCUUCAAGAGACUCAGUUUUUUUGUAAGUUGAUAUAAUUUGCUUUCAACUGGUUUGUAGAAGUGUACUUUAAUGUAAUCCAUAAAAUGUGAGUGUUUGUAUACGUUCACAGACUGAACAUUGUACAUCUCUUUAAGCUAAACUAAUGUAAUUUGGAGCAUUUUUGGUGUGGCAUGUACAAUUGCAGUGAUCUCUUCCUAAUUUAGACCUUAUCUACCAUAUGCAUUCUAACCAGUUUUUGGACACUGAAACAAACUGACUUUAGUACUUAAAGUGCUAGUUUUUAGUUGUCACUUUGCUUCUAACUAUAUGGAGCACUGCACUUUUAUAAGUACUAUUAGCCCUGGAUUUUGACCCAUUUAUUUUCCCAUUAUAACAUAAGGUAUUAAAAUAUAAAGUGGCCAUCAGAAUUUUAGGUGAAGAUGACCACAGCCUGGUGCCUGAGCUCAGUUAAUUGUAUGUUAGAAAUCACAAAUUACCAAACAAAAAUGAUCCAAACAUAUUUUAUGUAACUUUAUGUAUUGUUAAAAACAAAAUCUUUGACACCCAGGCACAUAGUUUCUCUAAAUGUUGAUGUCAUCAGGAAAAGCAUGUGCAAGGCUUUUAAAAACACCAAAAAUAUAGGAGAAAUCUUUAAAAAACAAAAAAAAGAAUAAAAACAGCGCAAAACUAUGUAUUUUAAAUUAAGCACAGACCAGAAGCUGUGAAAUAAGAAAUGCAGUUAAAAUGUAUGGUUACAUAUGCUUGCUUUUGGUACCAGAAUUUUCCCUUUGUUACCAACAUAAGUAGGAUGGAGAAUAAAAAUUAAAACCUCUCAGGGUUGAGUUUGUUAGAUGUGGUAUCAGUCUAAAUCGUGCAUAAGCCAUUACAGUAAAAUCUGUUAAUUUGUCUAUUCUGGAAGUUCAAUUUAGAUGUAUUGGGAACUUAACUGGAAAAGGUGUUUUUAAAUGAAAGAACUAAUACUUGGAGGGAUGGAGUGUAAUGCAUAACAGCCAUUAGGUCUGCUGUUGAACUUGAGGAGCAGAGUUAAGAAUGUACAGCAUUUCUUUGGUAUGAAGUAAGUUAGAUGCACAUAUUCUUAACAGUUUGUGUGAUCUCCAAACAUGCUUUUCUUGGAGGAAAUUUAUUGGCAAAACUAUUUAAUUUGAUCAUUUGUUACCAACUGCUAAACAUUAUGCUAAUUUAGAAUGCUUGAAAAUAAAGUAAAACUCUUCAGUUGUAGCAUAUUCAUUUCUAAUAUACCCACACUGCAAUCUCAAGAACUUGAUAAUGUUUAGCUUCUUUAAAAAGUAAAACCUUACACCCCCCUACCUGCCGCAGGUGCAAAUGCCUUAGUUAAGAAGGCAUUGCCUUACACUCUAAUGCUAUGGGUAUCUAGAUUUUAGUAUGGGACAUACAUUCAUCCCAAUUUACUCGUUACUAGUUAAUCAAGUCUUACUAAGGCAAUAUCCCUUUUGGAAGUUCUCCCCUUACAGUAUCUGCUGGAUAAAACAGAAUAAGGUAAAUUGUAUGAUCAGUCUAAACUGUAAAUUGGGUUUCAUACAUAACUACUAAACAGCUUAUAUCAUAGCGAUACAUUUCAAACAAUACAAUAAUAAAUGUUGUUAGCCUGAAUGCUCUAAUACAAUUAAAGAGUAGAUAUAUCAUUUAUGUUUAUUUUGCUGCAGCAGUCAAGAUUUUUCGUGACAAGCCCUAGAUUUGAAUAACUACUUGCCUUGGCUUUGAUUGGAGCUUCCUGCUGUAGUAGGAUUUCAUACUGGUUUGGCAUGUGACUAGAUUUUGAUGCAAUUAAAAAACAUUCAGCUAUUAAAUAUUAGCAGCCUAAUAGGAAUCUUAUUUUUUUAAUGUUGUGUUCUAUAUUUUUAGCAGUGCUGAAACCAGGUAGUUAGAUUUUUAUUUUAUGGCCCAAGUGCGUAAAACCUGAAAAUCUUGGUAUAUCGUAGCAAUCAGCUCUAUUGCAAGGGCAUUUUCACAAAACACCUAUAUCAGGGGUUGUCAGCUUAGGGUAUGCAUACCCCUGGGAGUACUUGAGAAAACCCUAGGGGGUAUGCGUGGGCAGGGACAGAGUGCUGCCAUGCACCAUCCCACACUGCUGUGCAGGUGCCACUGGCCUGGCCAGAUGGGGGCGGGAGAAGCUUGCAUGCAGCAGCUGCCACUGCUCCACAUUUGGCCGCGCGCCACCCCCUGCUCUGCAUCUGGCCACCAGGGGUACACUGCUCUGUGUCCGGCCACACUGAUCUAAAAGGGUUGACAAUCCCCGACCUCUAUAAUUUAGGAACCUAGAUCCUGUAGGCUUUCAGUGGAACUUGGGCUCCAGAAAUCUUAACUGCUUUUCAAAGAAGUUCUGAGUGAGCUAAAUAGGUAGAAGUAUGCCUUUACUUAAUUAGACCAGGAUAAAGGAGAACAUGGAGCUGUUCUUCUGAAGAUAAAGUUUCUGUCCCCUAAAUUAAGAAUCUUCUUCUCUGACAAGUUAAAUUUACAAGUUCUUUACUUAUACCUCACGCGUGAAGCCCACAUAUAGUUUAGAGCAAAACAUUCUUUUCAGCAGAACACUAUUUCAAAAAGAAAACACGUCAAAAAAACACGUGUAGAACUAUCAGGGCAAAGAAAUUAUAAUGGCACACAGACAAUGUUUCACUGUAGUUUACCACAUUUUUUCUUUUUAACAAUAUAUUAUGUCAUUUCCAUUUUCAUUAAUUUUUUUCAAAGUAUUUUCACAGCUGCAUAUAUUUGUGAAAUGACAUUGAAAUGAGUCAAGUUUAUCAAUAACCUGUGUAUAGCAGGUCACAAAUUCAAACAUAUUCUUUCCCAACAGCACUUUUUCAGUAGGAUAUUAUUAGCUGAAAGGUGUUUUAAAGUCAUGGCAUGAAGAAUCAUAAAUGUAAACCCAAGUACAUUGUGAUGCUAAUUAACAGACUUUUUUGAAAUGUAUGUGAUUCUUAAUAUUUUUCUUAGAAAGUUUUGUUUAAUGUUAGAUCAUUGUUCUGAAGGAUAUUAGUCCUACUGGAAUUAAAAUAAUGGAAAUAAAAUGCAUGUGUUACAAGUAGAAAUGGUGGAGAAUUACAUGUGAACCUACUGUACGAUACUGAUUCUGUUUUCAAACAAUCUGUUUUGCUGUUCAAUAGUUGACAUAUAAAAAUGCAAAUGUACUGUAAUUUAGCACUUUUCUAAUGGACCCUGUUCUCACUAAACAAGUGAUAGGAAAUGGUUUUGUUGUAGAAGAUGUAAUCAUGCUUGCAUGAGUACAUCAAGGCUUUGCCCUUCUUGAUGUGUAAACACAACUUCCAUUAAUACUAACAUAUUAGCCCUUAAAAUACUAACUCUUUCUAUGCGUUUGUUAUACCACAUCUUAAACAAUAUUAUAAUUGGCCUAAGCGCAGUUAAAAAGUUCAGAGUCUCUUUACAUGAUCUUUUUGCAGAAAGAUAUUUCACUGUCAAGUAGGUAGGCAGGUCAGGGUUGCCAGGGACAGAGGUUGUACUUUCCACUCUCUUGUUGUUCAGAGAGCUGACUAGUAUCAGUGUGAAUUUGCCUUUAACUUUGUCUCUCCCCGAGUCCCUGAUGAGAUGGGAUUGUUUCUUGAAGGACUGGCUGCCUUUCUUGAGUCAAGACUUCAUAUAUCCCGACUCACAAUAUUAUCAAUCUUGUAUAGCACUACCAUAAAGAAAUGAAUGUGGAGGUGCUUAUUCCCAGCAUGUGAAAUAAAAUGCUAUGCCACUUUUACAUUAUCACCAGAGUGCAAAUGAACACAUGAAACCUGGUUUUCUAUUUUCCUCUUUGUUGUUAGUAGUAUCAGUGAACAUGGUAGUCCUGUUUAACAUGAUAUUGUCUGGAGGCCCCUGUUUGCUUGUAAGCUCUGAAAAUACAGAUGCAAGACUGGGGUAGAGCUGGGAUAUAACAAAGGAAUGAGUAAGAAGUGUCUGGUUGCAGGAGUCCUGGCUUACAAGAAGGUCAUAGCCAUUAGGACUGGUAGGGGUGAUGUCAGCAGGAACCACAGCCAGCAGAACAAACAAAAAAAAUCUAGUCUUGGAGAUGCUGCAUGGGAAGAAGCAGCAACAAGCUUCUGUCCUUGCUGGGUGUGUGCUCUGGAGACUAGUCUGAGGCAGAUGCCCAGGUUUAUGGAGUUACAAGGAUCUCUAUGGUGAUACAAGGGAGGAGGGGAGAAGAUCAAGAGUCUCAUAUGGGCUAGAUGAGAUGCUGUUUGAAUGACACAGACCUGAUUGGGAGAUAGGCCAAGAUGUUGAGAUGACAGCAAAAUACAAAUUUGUUGGCAAAGGGAUAAACUUGAGAGUGAUCCACUUAAAUAUGGUAGCUAUACUGGUGGACAAGGCAUCAUGAGAUAGGAUGUGAAGGAAAAGCAAGAUCAGGGACAAACAAAGGUGACCUGAGAGAAGCAGAUGAGAUGGAAGGGAGCAAAGGACGGAUAUGGAUGCGUGCAAACAGCAGGUACAAAAAUACUGUAAGGGAGGGAGGGCAACAAGAGACGUGCCAAUAAUAGCAAUAAAGGAGGGAGGUAGAGGUUGCAGUAAUGAAACAGAAUAAGAGGUGAGAGGUGCUGUGGACAAGGGCUGAGGUAGCAGCAAAUAGGGAGUAGUAGGAAAGUGUGAUUUAGGAAGGUAGAUCCACCAGCAGAGUGGCAGUUGUAGAGGUCCUGGCCAUUUUAAAUCCUGGUUAUCUGAAGUUCCUGUAAGCUACGGUGCAAGGCAGAAGACAGUGAUGUCGUCAUUCUUUGUACUGUCAUUUGGCCUUUGUGAAGCUCCAGUAUCCUGUGGAGUAGAGGCAGGCUCUCUUCCACUGUAGCACUCAUUUCCCUGGGCUUAGCUCCCUGCCAUGGAGUGGACACCAUCCUGCUCACCAUACACCAGUAUGUUAAAACAUAAAGACCUUCAGAUUCAGACUGAGGCAGGAUCUCCUCCACACCGGGCAUCUCAGAUUCAACAGGCACUCCCUCACCAUGUAGCCUCCAUGAAAUAACACAAAGAGUGGGUUUCAAGAAAGCUAAGGCUGGAGGUGGGAAUGAGUUCAUCUUUAUAUUUUGUAGUUUCUUUUUGUUUCUCUCAUUCAGUUCCUUCACCUCCAAAUCUGCAAGUUAAAAGUUUCAUAUUUGAUGCUGCUGAAACACACACAGACAAAUCUGGGCAGGCUUUCUGAGACCAUGUAAAUAUCAGACCCUGAAUUUCAAAGGAAGGAAGGAGAUAAACUACCAUCCAAGUUCCUGUCAUAGGAAAAAUCAAAUCUACAGCCUAUCCUAGUGUUAACAGGGUACAAGGUGUUACUUGUCACGUACUGUACUGAAAGGUUUCAUUGAUCAGUGACUGUAUUGUACUGUAUGAAAAAUCAUCAAUUGCCUUGUAUUGUUUAUAAUGGACUGUACCAUAUACUACACAAAUUUCCAUAUUCCAAGUUUUUCAAUGAUGCAUGUUGCCAGUUAGGUCCUAAAACUAUGUGGUGCUAAUUCUUCCAUAUCCAAUGGUGCUUUUGUGGAUGCUAACUGCAGACAUGCUGAACAGAAGCUUGAAGUUUAAAAGUCUUUCUUGUCUGUUUGUAUAAUGUAAACACACACACACACACACACACACAACCACAAUGAUGAUAAACUUGAAUUUGUUUCAAAGUAUCAUUGACAAUCUAAUGUUUUCUAUGUGUGCUUGAUUUGGUUUAGAAUUGGUUUUUUUUCCGGAAAGCAGCUGUGUUUCUACACAAUACAUAAUGGUAUUUCUUCUAAGAGAUGAUUUCACUUCACAGGGCCAAGAAUCUGUCUGAAUCCUCAGGUAGUUGAAGUUGGUUGACCCUUUACCUGCUUUUCACACGAUUUUCAUUCAUAUGAAUUUAGCCAUUUGUUUUCUGAUGUGGAUAGGGUGCACAGGCCUGAAAAGGACUCCAUCUCUGAAGCAUUAACAAUCCUCAUACUGCCUCAGCAUUGUGCAUGUCAUGUAGCUUGGUCUUCUGCUUGCAUCACAGUUGCACGAUUGUGUCUAUUCCAGGUCCUUACAACAACUUCAGUCUUAUUCAGAAGCAAACCAAAGAGCACAUAGUAGUGCACCUCUUGCAGCCAUGCAAAAGAGCUAGGUGCUUUGUUCAUUCAGUGAGUGAAAGAUGGGAAUAAGAAUUCUUUAGAGACUGCCCACUUAGCCAGAAAGGAAGGAGAGUAUUUUUGCAGGUGCUGUUUGGGUCUCAUGGAGGUGUAAUACUGGCAGCUUGCUCUACUCUGGGGCAGAAAGAGUGGUAGUCACUGCACAGUUCCCUGGGUGAAUACUGAGGAGAUGGAAAAUUUGCCAAGACAAAUUAGGAGCACAUUUUGUGUAAUGUAUAAUGAAGAAGUGUAAUAGUAAAGACAUUGGGUGGAUUUGUUGGCAGCACUAGAAAUUCACCCUGGAAACCAUUAUUUGAGCAUUGCAUAUAGGUUCAAACUUAUUUCUUCAUCAUGUUAAUGCUACCCUGAAGUCCAUUCAGGGUAAGAUGGCUUAGUCGCAUGUAAGGUCUAUACCCCCAGCUGCUCUGUCAUAUCUGAAGUACAAAUGAAGAGAAAACUUGGUUUUCACUACUUAUUGUUCUUUAGUCUUUGUGGACACGUGUCCCACAGGUAAAAAUGAGAAGCAGCUGUGUCUAGCUUGUAAAAUUGAUGGCUUUCAGGAGUAUCAGAUCCAAGUUGCUAAGUUUGUCACAGCUUUGACUGUCAAAUCAAUGCUUCUCCCAAUCUGUCAAAAUAAAGGCAAUGUCUUUGGUAAUAAUAGAUUUUUUCUUAUGAAAAUCAAGAGCCAGAAGCCAGGAAAAGGAAAUGGUAGAUAGGAGACUUAAAACUAACUAGAAAAGGAUUAGUCUUAGAACCAGAAUUACAAAUGCAUAGAAUUUACCAAAUCUACACUAGGAAGACUGAGUGUUUCCAUAGUAUUUUUGCUGCAGUUGUUGGACACAUUCAUUUUACACUAGUGUAGAUUUAGUGGAAGCUCGAACCACUUUAAGGAAACAUCCAUUUUCCUGAUGGGGUCUUCAAACUUCUCUGCCAGCUGAGGAGCCUAUAUUUUCUGAUUGUGGAGUGCCUUGGCCUAUUGGAUGAAAAGAAAGAAAGAAAAAAAAGACACAAGCUGCUUUUUUGGACAAAAAAAAUCAGAAUAUAUUUUUUAUCUAUUUGAAAAAAAGUCUGAUAUUUACCCCUGUUAUCAACUGAAUUUGCAUAUGGUUGUUUGCCACAAUAUCUGUUCUGUCUUAAAAUAAAUUUGCUUACUUGUGUAGUCUUAA